AUGUCCGAACACCACUCCGCCGGCGGUCCAACCCUCCCCAUAGUGAUCCUGGAUCAGCACCUCCCCAUAUUGAUCCUGGAUCAGCAGACUCACGAGUUCAUCCGAGAUGCAGGCGGACUUCAGCUGACCGUGAUCAUCCACGCCGAAGGUCAUUCUGACCCUACCCCCCUAGCUUUGGUGUGUUCCUUGGUCCAACCCUUUCCCACCAACUGUGAUGCGACCAAUACCCAAUGGGUCCUGCGCUUUGAGCCACUUCAGCACCCUCCACAGAUCCAUGCUCACACUGAAGUUACUUAUUUGGACGCGAAGCUCAUUGAAAUGCGCGAUUAUGCUUUGAAUUACCUGGACAGUUGA